AUGGUUCCGGGGAAUACCGUUCGUUCGCUCCGAUCACUCACAUCCAAUCUCCUCCAGACCAGCGCUGAGAGCCGGUGCCUCAGCGCCUAUUGAAUGUCAUCUUGAAAACAUGCUGUAUAUAUCGCCGUCCACGCGCCAGACACUAUCAUCACAUCUAUAGGCCAUUGCAAAAUCAGCAGGGGAAUAAAUUCCCCGAGAGCCCGCAGACGACAGACCAUCCCAGACAGCCAGUCCGUUUUGCAAACUGACCGAAUCACUUCGCCAUGGACGGCCCACCCCCUCCUCCUCCCCCUCACGGCGAGAAACCGAACACCACCCACGGCCACGAAUACCGGAAAGCGUCGGACCUGCCCGAAGGGAACUACGAUAUCUUCAUCAUUCCGCCGCAUUCGUCCGGGUCGGGCUUCCUCUAUCUCCCGUCGCUGCAAUGCCAGCGGAAUAGCUUCGUCGCGGGCUCGGUGUGCACCCUGUUCCUUGUCCUUGUGUGGUCUUUUAUAUCGCCAAUUUUCAAGACGUGGUAUAUGGCUGCUGCCGCGAGUGGCGGCGGCGGCGGCGGCGGCGGCGGCGGAGGGAUGGGUAUUGGUCUCUUAGGGAUCGGAGUUGGCAUUGCGGGAUGGGGAUUUGGCGUGUAUCAAGCUGGGUUUGGGGUCUCGGGGUUUGGAAGAAAGGGGGGUGGUGCUGGCUCCGGAAGUGCCAGAGGCAGUACUGGCCAGGCCGGUGCCGGAGAAUAUGAGAGAGGUUCGGGUAAUGCUGGUGGAGAGCGAGGGAACUACGGCGGAAAUUAUGGACCUCCGCCAGGGAGCCAGUACUCUGGAAAUCAGUAUGGUGCCGGCCCUCCGCCUCAGACACCUCCCCCUAACGCUGGCCCAGGACCAAAUAAGCCCGACUCGGCCAAGGCCGAAGAGAAGGCCCGAGCGGAAGAAAAGGCCCGCGAAGAGAAAGCUCGCGAGGAGCGAGCUCGGGAAGAGAAGGCUCGUGAGGAGAGGGCCCGAGAGGAAAGGGCCCGAGAGCAAAAAGCCCGGGAGGAAAAAGCUCGGGAGCAAAAAGCCCGGGAGGAGAGAGCUCGCGAGGAAAAGGCCCGUGAGGAGAAGGCCCGCGCAGAAAGAGAACGGGAAGAAAAGGCACGUGAAGAGGCGAGACGGAAAGAGGAGCUUCGACGGAAAAUGGAAGAGUUCAAGCGGAAGAGAGAGGCUGAGCGGCAAGAAAAGCAAAGACAGCAGGAGCGCGAGGCGAUGGAGAAGGAAAUGCGUGAACAAAGGGAGCAGUUCGAGAAAGAGAUGGCCGCUGCCAGAGAAGCAGCGGCAAAGGAGGCACGAGAGCGUGCCGAGAAGGAAGCAGCCGAAGCUCGGGCAAAGGCUGAAAGGGAGGCCGCUGAAGCAAAAGCUAAGGCGGAGAAAGAAGCCGCAGAGAAGGAAGCGGCUGCAAAAGCGGCUGCAAAGAAGGAGGCUGAUGCCAAGUUUGCAGCCCUCAAGGAGGCGGCAGCAAAAAAGUAUGCCGAGAAGAAGGCCAAAGAUGCCCAAGAGGCAGCGGCCAAGGAGGCAGCAGCAGCGAAAGAAGCCGCGGCGAAGACUGCCAAGGAAAAAGCAGGCAGCGCAUCAGUCCCUCCGCGAAGCCCAUCCCCGAAGAAGCCCCCGUCUGGAGCACGAACCACGAUGUCCGCCGACCAAGACGAUGCAUAUUCCUUUCGACCUUACGACAGACCUCGACGGCCAUAUGGGGGUACGUCAAGCUCGUCAGCAUACUCUGAAUCAUCCUACGCUCCUUCCCAAUCCACAGCUCGAACAUCACCUCCACCAUCAAACCGAGGACGGUAUGAAACUAAAGACCCGGAUAAGAUUGUUAUCAAGGGUGUCUUCCAGUUCAACAAUGCCUUUAUUAAAAGCCCAGCGGCUCAGCUGGUCUCUGGGCAGGGAAUGGUGACGGACGGACUGGUUCUGCGUAUCACUACCGAAGGGCUGUUCGUUGACGACGAUAUCCGGGGAGUGGGUCAGCGAGAAUGGGACGUCAAGGCUUGGACGAUGAAGUUGGUCGAGGUGUGGUGUCCACAAUAUGCCUCCCAGAAGCAUAACCCUCCCAAGCAGAGUUCAUUCUUUGGUCGACGGGACGAAGGACCUUCAUCAGCGGAAUCCGAUGCAUACCUACUCAAUCUACUGAAGGUGUGCAAGAAUACAUGUCGCCUUGCGUCGCCAGGGCCGCAGUCUGAGAAACAGGGGCUCCAUGUGCUACGGGCCAGCAUUCGUGACCAGGAGGGUCGAAAGUAUCUUUUCGUCUUGGAAGAGACAGAAGGUUGGAAGGUGGGCAUCGGGCUUCAGCGACUUCGCAAGGGGGCGCUAGUACGAUCUCUGGGGGUGACGAACAUGUCGGUCAAUGAGGGCCGCUCGAUACUCGGGAACCUUGGAUACAUCUGAUCAGCUUCAGUGCUUUUCACCAAUCCAACUUGGGUUGCUAUACAGUAUAUAUUAUUCACCUCACCACUCAUAGCGAGAUGUUGUUUCAAGAUCCAGCCUUGCAUAGUGUCAUUCUGGCUAGACCUUCGUUUGUACAGAGAUUCCCCCUGUUGUUGAUUGCUUAUGAUGUUGACGAUUUCUUGCGAUUCACCUAUUUCUAGUUGUAUAUAAUGCAGCACAGACGUUCAUAUAUUAACAAAGCUCCUUCUGGUAGACCUUGCCUUCCCCUGCACGAAUUCUAGUAUGAUGCCCCAUGAACAAAGGCGAUCACGUGUCCCGAGUGUCACCAUUCACCUGGAGCUGGUUGGCCACGGAUUGCGUUGUUGCAUUAACUGAUCAUGACGAAAGUCUAUUGGGAUAAUCAGAC